CAAUUAUUUUUCAUUGUCCUAGUAGUUAGAUCGGAGAUGGUGCAAUAGGUCUUAAUUUCAACACCGAUUCUUGAGAAUUUAUGAAAGUUGAAGAGAAUUUAAGGUGCAAUAUUCUUAGGAGCAACAAGCAAAUGAAGGUCAGAGGCAGAGUGUCCAUGGCAGUAUAGAAAGAGAAUAAUAAAAAUCAACAAAAUCAUGUAGACUCAAGGUGAUUGACUGGACGGAUCGACCAUCAGACAACAAACCUUUAUAAAUUUUAUCGAAGGGCAUGGAAGUAAAGUAGUAAAGAAACCUGCUCAAACUUUGGAGGAGUUUAUAUGCCUUGUAUGAGUUGAACUUUGGAGAGAAAAUCAUGCAUCAUAUAUCCUUCAUAAAUCAUACUACAGUGUUUAGAGGUAUUAAUAACACAUUUCCAUGUAGGUUUAUACUUUUUGAGAUAAUUUCAUCAAGCAUUCACAACAGGAAUUUGGUUUUCUUCUGUUUCAGGAGAGUGACUGUACAGGUACCAUGACUGAUCAAUUUCGUGUUGGAGGUGAUCAACACUUCCAAGGUCAAGAAUUGUAUGAAGAAGCCGAGUCAAAAUUGACAGCAUGUGCAACACCAAACAAUAGUGUCAGUGCCAUUGAUAAAAGUACCCCGUCUUCUCACAAGCUGGAGAGCCCUAUCCAACUAAAAGGCAGCUCCAGUUCCAUAAAAUCUUAUGACAUCUCCACCAGGCCUAAAGGGGAGCCGAUGACUGCAAUGGAGGCAAAGAAACACUAUAUACACAAACUUACACCAUAUGAGGAACAGGAAAUAGCUAGCUAUUCAGAAAUAUAUUUUGUUGGACCAAAUUCUAAAAAGAGACCAGGAAUUAUUGGAGCACCAAAUAAUAAUAGCUAUGAUGAUGAUCAGGGUUCUUAUCUGUAUGUGCCACAUGAUCAUAUAGCCUAUCGAUAUGAAGUCAUCAAGGUAAUUGGGAAAGGCAGCUUUGGGCAAGUGGUGAAAGCUUAUGACCACAAACUCCACCAAUACAUCGCCUUGAAAAUGGUGAGGAACGAAAAGCGAUUUCACAGGCAAGCAGCAGAGGAAAUCAAGAUACUAGACCAUCUGAGGAAGCAAGACAAGGAUAACAGCAUGAAUGUUAUCCAUAUCUAUGAGAGUUUUUCCUUCCGUAACCACAUAUGUAUGACCUUUGAACUACUAAGUAUGAACCUCUAUGAACUCAUCAAGAAGAAUAAGUUUCAAGGAUUCAGUCUGCCCCUGGUCCGCAAAUUUGCACACUCCAUCCUGCAGUGCCUUGAUGCUUUGCAUAAAAGCCAUAUCAUCCAUUGUGACUUGAAACCUGAGAACAUCCUGUUGAAGCAACAGGGCCGUAGUGGAGUUAAAGUGAUUGACUUUGGAUCCAGUUGUUAUGACCAUCAAAAAAUAUACACAUACAUUCAGUCACGUUUUUACCGAGCUCCUGAGGUGAUUCUAGGAGCACAAUAUGGGAUGGCAAUUGAUGUGUGGAGUUUGGGAUGCAUUCUUGCUGAAUUGCUGACUGGUCACCCGCUGUUGCCAGGGGAAGAUGAGGGAGAUCAACUUGCUUGCAUGAUGGAAUUAUUAGGAAUGCCAUCUAAAGUACUUCUGGAAUGUUCCAAAAGGGCCAAAAUGUUCAUCAGUUCUAAGGGUUAUCCUAGAUAUUCGUCUAUUGUAACACUUCCUGAUGGGACGGUGCAUUUGAAUGGUGGACGAUCUCGAAGAGGAAAAACUCGAGGUCCCCCGGGUCAGCGGGAUUGGGUCAGUGCCCUAAAGGGUUGUGAUGAUCAAUCCUUCAUUGACUUCCUGAAACACUGCCUGGAGUGGGAUCCUGCCUUACGCAUGACACCAGCACAGGCCUUAAGGCACCCUUGGCUUCGGAGACGUCUGCCAAAGCCACCAACGAAUGACAAAGCACCGUUUGUCAAACGCAUGUCAGCAAGCCCUACUACCCUCAUGGAUGCAGUGGUUAAACUACCUCCUACUUCUGCCAGCAUUGCCAAUAAACUGAAAUCCAAUCAGAAUAGUGAUUCCAAUCCCAACAUGACUCAGAGGACAGUGCUGCCAAAGCUGGUCAGUUGACUGGUAACUUGAAGAGAGUAACAGCUAUUGAUACUCAGUCAGAAUAUGAAUUCCUGUGGCAUGCGGUAUACAGGGAACAUAAUUUCUUCCUUUCUACAUUCCAACGUGACUUGAGCCAACAGGUCUUUAAUUGUUACAAGGCUGCAAGUCUGCACUGAGCAUGCUCCAGGACUGCUGGGCAGCUCCUGCCAGGCCACACUGUACGCAUCGGUUUACACUGUACAAUGACACAAACUACCCACCAACAUUCACAGUAAAGCAGUUGGGCUAGAUGCACAAAUGAAAAGGUGUUCUUUGAUUGGAUAAUUAUUUAUUUUACAUCAGCAGUAUCCUAUUCAGAUGUCACAGUGUGCUCAUCCUUUGCUCCCUGCAUAUUUGAAGGCCAAAAGUGUCCUUUAAUUUAUUCAUUGAUGAAACUGCUGUGAAUGAAAAUGGUCUCAAAUCAUUCACUUUCUAAAUAAAAUAACCAAGAAAGAUUUUACACAUUUACAAACUUUGAUGUAAUUAUGGAUUUGGCCGACUAGCUGUCCUAAUUUUAUCUUUCUUGGGAUCUGUAUUUCCAUUGGACACUGAACAGUGGCUUGCAGUCUUGGGUGGACUUUUAUAUGCAUAGGAGGAGAGAUGGUAGCAUGCAGACUCCUAGAUGUGUCAAUCCAUUAUUUAAAGGGGUUAAUGAGCUAAGGGUUGCUGAUUCCUUUAGUUUGGCUAAAGUACUGUGUGAGUAUAAAUGCAGGGUAACCCUCUUUAGGUGCAAAUUAACUGCCACAUCAUGGUAUAGUGGAAAUUUUCCUCGGUGACAUAGCUGGUAAUGUUAAAAAUUAUAAGCAGCUCUCCUUCAUUUUUGGCAAUUGAGAGGUGAUGAGUUACCAUUUAUAUCUGAGUUUGUGUUCAAGAAAUUUAUUGCAUUAGUUCUUUUAAUGAAACAAUAUAUUAAAGGAGUUGAACAAAAGGAACUAUCAAAUGUACAGCUACAUCAGAGAAAGACAAGCCUACCUUUUAAUUUGUACUCUAUUUCAUGCCUCCUUCUACCUCUAGCCCCUCGUACCAUGUAAUUUUUCAAACCAGUAUGACAGGCGGGUAAACUAGCCCAGAGCAAUCACACCAUAUGAAUAGUUAGCUAAGAAUUUUGCAAGUUUUCCUUGGUAAUCUGCCCUCUGAUUUCCCAUUCGUCCUUCUGAAAGUAGUGUCUCUAAAGGUAAGACCCUGAAUGUAUAAGGUGAGAAGCGAAGAAACACGCUAAUUCGCUCCCACUUGAAGAUGAGGAGUAUCAGCUAUGAAACAGUACUGUCAAACUAAGUAGUGUCAAAAACUACAAGCGCUGCAUAUAAUGCAGAUUUUUUUUGUUAAUAUUACAAUAAUGGAAAUUCACUAGAUAAAAAAGUCUUACAAAAGAACCUCAAUUCAUCUAUCAAGUUGGAUUGUGCACUAUUUCUCCUGAAGGCCUAUUUAACAAAUUUAAGGAGGAGAAAAUUUGGACAGAAGCCUUAGUUGUUGGGAAGGUGGCUCAAGCAGUUGCAGGUGAGCUCAAAAUGUCAAUUUCACAAGCCUCCCAUUUUCUAGUGAGUGAUAACAGGAAAAUCAGGAGAAUUGCAAAUCAAAUUCACUAAUGUCUGCUCCUAAUUGUUGGAUCUAUUGAUCUGUAAGCACCAUGCCAGCAAUGUUGUCUUGAAAGUUUCACCCUUUAUACCUGAUAAAACAUUUCCAAUUUUUUGUGCAUUUCAGUGUCUUAUCAAUCACCCAAACUUGAUACACUUUGAUUGUCCCUUUUUUAGAAAACAAAAUUAGCCCUUGCUGCUUAACUGCAGAAUGUAUUAAUGGGCAAUUUCAUCCAGAAGGGGAGCUUUGCGCACUGGAACCACAUUGAGAAAUUAUAUUCCACUCAAUGGGAAAUGAAAAGAAGACUUGCAUUUUUGAAAUGCACCUUUCAUGAUCUCAACCAUCAUAAAAUGCUUUGCAGCCAAUGACAUCCUAUUUGAUGCUAGUCAUUGUUUUAAAUGUAGGAAAUACAGCAGCUAAUUUGCGUGUAGCAAAUUCCCAUAAACAGCAAUAUGCUAAUGACUGAAACAACUAUUUUAGCAAUGCUGAUCAAGGAAUUAUGAUUGUCAGGACACCAGUGUGAACUGUUCAGUGCUUCUCCAAAAUAUUAUCCAUUUGGAUCUUUCAUCCCCAUUCGAGGGAAUGGAUGAGGUCUUAAUUUGUGUCUCAUCUGAAAGACAGUAUUUUUGAUAAUGGUGUCUGAUGAGGACAUCCUUAGAACCCAAUCUGGAAUUUCAUUUAAGAAGCAACUGAGUAGUGAUCCUUCCCAGUUUUGAUAAACGCCAGCUAGGAACUGAAUUAUGGGCUAGAAGAGGUACAGCAAGCUAUUUUAGGUUUAGUUGUGGACCAGAAUGAGCUUCUUCAGGUCUCUAAGAAGAUUUUGACCUCCAGCAAUCCAACUUUCCUGUCUUCCUUAAUCAUUUACAGUUUCUCUCCCUUGAAUAGCUAUGCUUAUAUCUAUUAACUUGGUGUGAACUGAACCACAACAAUUUUCUGCAUUCUUCUGUAUCAUCAGCAAACCUACAUAUAAUUUUUCUCAUGCUUGCACCUGAAUCAUUAAUAUUAUUAGAAAACUACCAAAUUCCCAAGGAGAUUUCCUUGUAGCCCACCAUCUCAUCAGUAUAGCCAUUCCUGCCUCAGAUGCUAUAGAUCAGAAAGUUUUGCACAGUCAGGAAAGAGAGAUCGCAUCCAGAGUAAGACACAGUUGGAGUAAGUAUAUAGUUCGGGGAAUUUGGAGGCAUUGUGGGAAUUUGGUGCUGAAGGGAAGACAUGCUUUUCCCUUACUUUUUUGGUUCAUUGUUUGUAAAGUUGAUUUUUUCAACAGGAUUAAUUGAAGCCUAGGAUCAAGGGGCCAGCACAAAAGAGAAAGUAACAUCACAGGUAAACAGUAAGUUUAUUGGUUGGUAAUAGCUGCUAAUUAAGCUAUCUAUUGUGGGUUACUUCCGACUGAAAGUAAAUAGGAGAAAUAUUUACAGGUUACAAACUAAAAGACCUGUGGAAAUUUUAAAAAAUGAACUAAACAAAGGUAAUUCCUAUGCUAGGGCAUGUGAUAUGUUGCACCUGUUUGAAGAAGUUGCUGGUGGAUGCCAAUGGGGUUUGUAGUGAUUACAUCUAUAGCAAAUGUUGGUUGCUUGAAGAACUCCAGCUCAAAGUUUAGUGUUGGAAUCUGAACUUUGAACAUUGUGAUACAUAAGAAGAGGGAGAGUUACCUGGAUGCUCUGGUCCAGGAGACAGUCAACAUCUCUUAACUAACUGAACUUCAAUCAGUGGUCAGAGACAGCGGGGUAUGACUACAAGCAAGGCAGGUAGAGGAAUCCAGGAGAUAGUGCUGAAGGAUUCUCAGCCCUUGAGCUUGUCUAAUAGGUUUGAGAUUCUUGCUCCCUGUGUGGGUGACAGUGUGAGCAUAGAACAAUACAGCGCAGGAUGGGCCCUUCAGCCCAUGAUAUUGUGUCAAACAUGAUGCCAAAUUAAGCUAUUCCCUUUUUCCUGCCCUUAGUCCAUAUUCCUCCAUUCUUUGCAUUUCAUGUGCUUAUCUAAUAGCCCCUUAAAUGCCCCAUCAUAUCUGCCCCCACCAUUACCCCUGGCAGCAUAUUCCAGACUCCUUGAGUAAAAGCUGUGGGAAAGAUGAAAGAAUUGACUAUAGCACCAUGGUACAAAGAGCCAUUCAAGAGGUGGGAUAAAAGAGGAAUGUAGUUAUAAUCAGGGACAGUAUAGUCAGGGGAAUAGACACUAUUCCCUGUGGCCAGAAUCGAGAGUCCUGAAUGCUCAGUUGCCUACCUUAUGCCUGGGUUCAGGAUAUCUCAUCUGGGCCGAGGUGGAACUUGGAGUGGGAGGGAAAAGAUGUGGUUGUCAUGGUCCACAUGGUUACCAAUGAUAAAGAGGAAAGAGGUUCUGCUGAGGGAAUAUGAGCAGCCAGGGGUAAAAUUAAGAAGCAGAAACAAAAAGAUAAUAUUAUCUGAUUACUGUCUGAGCCACAAGCAAAUUGGCAUAGGGUCAAUGAGAUUAAAGAGGAAAAUGCAUGGCUGAAAGAUACAUGUGGAAGAAAUUGGUACCAGGACUGGGGAAGGAAGGAGCUGUCCAAAAGGAUGGGCUCACCUUAACUCAUACUGGGACCAGAGCACUGGA